AUGGCAGGCAUUUUCGAGGCACCGCGAAAUGCGGACACUCUCUUCUUGGGUGGGCAGAAAAUCACCGGUGCGGACGUCCGCGAGCAGAACGUGCUCGCAACCCAGGCCAUUGCAAAUGUCGUCAAGAGUUCUUUUGGUCCCUCGGGCUUGGACAAGAUGAUGGUGGAUGAUAUAGGGGAUGUUACCGUGACCAACGACGGAGCGACUAUCCUCAGUCUUCUCGACAUCGAGCAUCCAGCUGGCAAGAUCCUCGUGGAUCUGGCCCAGCAGCAGGAUAAGGAGGUCGGGGAUGGAACCACGUCUGUUGUUCUGAUCGCUGCCGAACUUCUACGCCGCGCGAACGAGCUCAUGAAGAACCGGAUACACCCUACGACCAUCAUCAACGGCUACCGGUUAGCCCUCAGAGAAGCAGUCAAGUACAUGAACGAGAACAUCACUGCAAAGGUCGAGACACUCGGAAGAGACAGUUUAAUUAGCAUUGCCAAGACGUCGAUGUCCAGCAAGAUCAUUGGGGCCGAUUCUGGCUUCUUCGCAGACAUGGUGGUGGAUGCUAUGCUUUUGGUGAAGUCGACGAACCAGAGGAACGAAAUUAAAUACCCUGUUAAGGCUGUCAACCUGCUGAAGGCACAUGGAAAGAGUGUGACUGAAUCGGUUCUCGUCAACGGCUACGCCCUCAACUGUACCGUUGCUUCCCAAGCUAUGACAACCCGGGUUACCGAUGCGAAGAUCGCUUGUUUGGAUAUGAACCUGCAGAAGGAGCGGAUGAAGCUUGGUGUUCAGAUUACCGUGGACGACCCCGAUCAAUUGGAGAAGAUCCGUGAGAGAGAAUCUGGUAUCGUCUUGGAGCGGGUUGAGAUGAUCCUCAAGUCGGGAGCCAAUGUCGUCCUCACCACCAAGGGUAUCGAUGACAUGGUUCUCAAGCUCUUUGUCGAGCGUGGUGCUAUGGCCGUGCGGAGAUGCAAGAAGGAGGACCUGAGACGGAUAGCCAAGGCCACCGGUGCCACUCUUGUGAGCACACUCUCCGACCUUAACGGAGAUGAGAAGUUCGAAGCAGCCAACUUGGGUCAUGCAGAGGAAGUCGUCCAGGAGCGGGUAUCGGAUGAUGAGUGUAUCCUUGUGAAGGGAACCAAGGUUCACACAGCAGCUUCCAUCAUCCUCCGUGGACCUAACGACUUCAGCUUGGAUGAGAUGGAGCGUUCGGUUCACGACUCUCUGUGCGCCGUCAAGCGUACUCUUGAAAGCGGCAGCAUCGUCCCUGGUGGUGGUGCUGUCGAGACAGCACUUCACAUCUACCUUGAAGAAUUCGCCGUCACAGUGGGCUCCCGGGAGCAACUCGCCAUCGGCGAAUUUGCCCAAUCCCUCCUCGUCAUCCCCAAAACCUUGGCUGUCAACGCAGCCAAGGACUCCUCCGAACUCGUCGCCCAGCUUCGUGUCCGCCACGCCCUCUCGCAGCGCGUACAGGAAGGUGACGCCAACGAGGAAGAGAAGGCCAUCGCCAAGAAGAAGACCUACAAGAACUACGGUCUCGACUUGAUGAAGGGGCGGGUCCACGACAGCCUCAAGGCUGGUGUUCUCGAACCUAGCAUGGGCAAGAUCAAGCAGCUCAAGAGUGCUGUCGAGGCUUGCAUUGCCAUCAUGCGUAUUGACACGAUGAUUAAGCUGGACCCAGAGCCGCAGCAGGAUGAUGGACAUGGACACCACUAA